GGAGCUGCAACGUCAGUACACCUUUACAGUCCAAGAGAUAAAGUUACAAUUAAACUAUGGUAGCCACGUUCCGAGUCUACAAGAAAACUGCUCCGAAUGGAAAGCUAACCUUGUAUCUAGGGAAACGGGAUUUUGUUGAUCACUUGUCACAUGUGGAUCUCAUUGAUGGUGUUACCAUAGUUGACAAGGAUUACCUGAAAAAUAGAAAAGUAUUUGGUCAAGUUAUCGCCACAUUUCGUUAUGGGAGAGAAGAAGAUGAGGUAAUGGGUUUACAUUUCUUCAAAGAACUCUAUCUGGUAUCAGAACAAAUUUACCCACUCCCCGAUGAAAGUAAAGGAAGCACACUGACCAAUCUACAAGAACGACUACUGAAGAAGCUUGGCCCUAAUGCAUUUCCAUUCCAGUUUCAGAUUUCUUCAAAUGCUCCAAAUUCAGUUACGCUCCAGCCAGCCUCGGAUGAAAGUGGAGCUCCCUGUGGGGUUUCUUAUGACAUAAAAAUUUUUGUUGGCGAUUCUAUAGAAGACAAAAGUCAUAAAAGAAGCACUCUAAAGAUGGGGAUCCAGAAGAUUCAGUGGGCUCCAACUACUCCAGGUCAACAACCCUGUAGCAUUAUCAGGAAGGAUUUUUUGCUAAGUCCCGGAGAGCUGGAAUUAGAAGUAACACUGGAGCGACAAGUAUUUCAUCACAAUAACCCUAUUGUUGUUAACAUGUUCGUGAGGAACUUCUGCAACAAAACCGUCAAACGGAUCCGAGUCUCAGCUGUCCAAAACAUCGACAUAUGUAUGUUCGCUAGUGGUCACUACAGAGUGACUGUUGCCUGCAUUGAUACACAGGAAGGAUGCCCCAUCAAUCCUGGUUCUACCCUUCAGAAGGUGGUAGAAUUAUGUCCCUGUCUGGAGUACAACCGGGGCAAGAGGGGAGUAGCAUGUGAGGGACAAUUGAAAAAGGUGGACUCCAGAUUGGCUUCUACCACGCUGUUAGCGGAUCAAGAGCAGCGAGACGUAUUUGGUAUUGUUGUGUCUUACAGUAUCAAGGUUAAGUUAUUCUUGGGUGCUUUGGGAGGGGAGGUGGUAGCCGAAUUCUCUCGAGAGAACACUGUCGACGCUGAUAAUCAGUUGAGUGACGGUGGAGACGACCUCGUCUUUCAAGACUUCGCUCGUGUUCGACUUAAUCCAGGGAUGGAAGAUGAAGUAAAAUCAUCAGUUGUUUCACUUGCAUAG